AUGUCUUCAUCAAACUUAACGACGCCCUGCCCAGCCAUGCUAUCAAAUUUCUUUCUCACAACACCCAAUGAUGAAGAUACAGAAACCAAUUUCGCACAAACUAAAGAACCCUUCGACAUCACAUCCUAUUCCGAACUCGACGAUCCCGAAGAUAAUGUCGAGAUAGACACUACUAAAAACAACCCCUCAGACCCAGCCAACAACAACUUUCAAAAUCAAAGUCAAUUCCAAGCUCCAGAACCAGCCGAAUCUUUUACAUCACAUCACGCUUCUACCUCGAGCGAAUUCUCGGAUCCAACAACAGAUGAUCUCAUCCAGUAUGCAUUUGAUACUGCUCUUUUCGCAGUAAAUCCCGAGUCACAUCACGAACAUUUCCUUGCCACCCCGAAUCAAGAAAUGGAAGAUUUGGCGAGAUUAAGACUUGUGAUUACGAGGAAACCUGUUGUUUUGGGCGGUAUGAGAGAUAGGAUUUUUUCGGCGAUCGAUAUUCUGGUAAGGGAUUUUGGGGCGGAAGUAGCACGUCCGAUGACUGGUAUAGAUGUGAUGGUUUUGUUGUUGUCGGCUGGGAUGAAAGUGAAAGAUUUUGUAACUCGGUUACAAUUACAGUUGAAGGUGCCAUUUGCUGGAGCAUUUUCAGCACCGGCUGGGAUGAAAAUAUGGGAUUUUGAGGCACUCUCAUCGACUGUGAGAGAUAGAGUUUCGUUGGCGGGUACGAAUCUCGAGAUUGAGGAUUUUCCGGAGUUUGUUAUUAGUCCUAUCUUUGAGCAGGAUGAAUUUAAACCAUUCAAUGGAUUCCAUCCAGUCGACAGAUUUCAAUCAGUCGAUGAUUACCAAAACCUCAAUGAAUUCCAACCACAAUCAUUCACCUCCCCCCGAAAACACACCCAAGCAAGUUCUCUAGGAAACAUCUCAAACAAACCACUAAUCACCAAAUCCAGCCCACUAGAACUCUUAAACCACGCCCUGUACAAAAACUACCUCAACAUUAUCCACGGCGAAAAACCAGAAUGGGAUAUUAGUUCCUCGGUCGCUGAAGAACUAUUCCGGCCCUCGUGCGACGAAGAAUUAUCAUUUAUGCAAGAAGAGCAACAGAAGAAUAAUACACUGGAACCACCGCCCGCUCCUAGACUAGGAAAUCUAAGUAAACCUGAUUUUUCAGAGAUGAGUCUAGAUUUAGAUCUGCAGGAUGAUGUGAGAUCGCUUUUUCGGGUUCCUUCUAGAUGUGCUAAAAAGUCGGAGGGUUUAAGUUCUUUGAAAUCUUCAACACGGGAGGCAAUGAAUCAGCGAUUUAUCAUUGAUACCAGUGCUAUGGCUAAAAAUUCAAAGAGCUCGAGUAUCCAGAGUAUCGACGCACCACCAAGUCCUAUAACUUUAAGCGAGCGAUUAGAACCGCGGAUUUUUAGCUUGCUUUUAACCUUACAUUCUUUAAAUACAUCUCCACAUCAUGCUCCAGAAAUCGCGCAUCAUAUCAAUAUCAAUACCAACACUAAUUCCAAUCUUGAUAUCUGGCCCACUAUAGCCCUCGCCCUUGAUAUCCCUAUCCUCCCUUCUCAUCUCCUGACAUCAUAUUCCCUGCAAGCCCUAGGAACAUUUUUCAAGUUAGUUGAAUUAGAAGAGGGAUAUUUAUCUGAUGAGUUACAUCAGUGGGCAUUAAAGCAACAUCGAAUUUUUAUCUGGAUAAAUUCUGAUGCGCUAGAAGAUGGGAUUGAUGGGGUUAUUGAAGAACCGGGGAUAUGCUCCCAGGGAGAGGGGAUGAAUGAGGAAAGCGAUGGAGAGGAUAGUGAGGAUAGUAAACUUUGGGAUUAUGAGGAUGUAGAAGCAUUUGCUAGGAGGGAAAUAGUGAAUUUUAGACGGAAUUUGGAAUGGAUUCAGGACGUGGAUGUGGAUUUGGAUGUGAAGGGUGAGGAGGGCACUAUUUUUACGUUGCCGGAUGAGGUGUAUUAUUUUUGUGGGGAUGAGGACAUUAUACAUCGGAGUGCUAGUGAGCUGGUUGAGGAAUCGGAAGGAUGUUCGGCUGUUUUGGAGGGGUAUUAUAAGAUAAAGAGGAAUGCGCGUUGA